AUGAGUUCUAUUAUUGAAUGGGUUACGUGGCCCUUCAGGACCAUCGAAUUUAGAAUUAACUUGUUCGGUGAGUCCGACUGUGGCAAGACUAGUUUGCUUUACCAGAUGAAACUGGGAGAGUUGGUCAAUACAAUUCCAACGAUCGGCUUCAAUGUUGAGACAGUCGAGUACCCGAGAAAGUAUCAAUGGACCAUCUGGGACAUUUCCCUGUCUAAUAGGAUGUUGCAUGAGAAAUACAUCCACCACUACCUUCAAGGGACAGACGUUGCUCUCUUUAUCCACAACUGCGAUCCACAACAGCUUGAGCCGAUUUAUGAUUUUCACUACUUUCUGAACUUUGUUCAUAAAUAUGAUUGUAAACAUCUGUGGAUACUCCUAAACAAACAAGACACGCUGCCUCCGGAGAGCGCCCCACUGAUUGUCGAAGGCCUACGGAAGAAGUAUGAGAAGGAGAUGGCCGGGUACGAGCAUCAACUCUCAUGGAGAAUUUUGGAUCAUAAACUCAGUGCAAAAACGGGAGAAGGGGUGCAGGAAAUCCUCCACCAGCUUCAUUCAUCUGCAAAUCUUCUUUUGCGGACUCGACCAAAACCACAGCCUCAACCCCGGGCUGAGCCUGUGCGGGAUUCCGAGCCAAAAGUUGUCCCAGACAUACCAGAGGAUACAAUAUCUAGUCCGAGUCAGAGCAAGCCUAUUGACAAUCAAACUUCACAGGGUUCUGUCAAUCCCCAGGCCUUUUGGAACUCAUUUGUUACUGGAGAUAUACCAGUGUGGGAUCAUCAUACCCACCUCAAGGUCACCUAUAUUUUAGUUUUGGAGUACACGAAAAGAAAACGAAGUACGUUUGCUAUGGCUGAUACCAUGUUUGCUCAUUUAAGACGAUUGCGAAACUGUCAACCAGAGAAAUUUAAAAAUAGGCCACAUCGCACAAUGACGACUUUCUGGAUCUUACAGCUACAGAUCGCCAUCAGGGACUACACGGUGAAAAAGAAACCUGGUGGUGAUCCGUUGUGGACCGACUUCUACAAUGUUCUGUUAAAUACGCCAUCUGUGAUGGACCCUCGUCUUUGGAGUUCGUAUUAUAAUACAAAGCAUCUUUUUAGCCCACGGGCAUGGGAUUCAUGGACCCCACCUGAUCGUCGGCCAUUGCCUGUCCUGGCAUCUGCUCUUGACAAGCCUGCUAGUUUAUCUCCAGCACAGGGAAGUCCCGCUAGACUGAUACGAUUCGCUUUUGUGUUCAUCACGCAAUGCGAAAAUAUCCGAGAAUCAUGCAAGGAAGAUGCCAUACGACAAGCAGUUGCCACACUCCAAUCAACGACUAUCCGCCUGCGGACUACAAACAUGGCGAUACCACCAUAUUCCGAAACACAAGCCCGGUUUUGGUUGGACAUGGUCCGCGCAUGUCUACGGUCAUUAGACAUACUCCAUGAAGGUAGUAGAGAAAUUCUACCAUCUCAGUUGAGCUUUGACAGUUUCAUAUCCCUUUUUGGCCUCAAACCAACGUCCUGGAAAAGAUACUAUUCUCAGAGAGUAUGGGACAGUCUGGCUGCCCGAGUUCAGUUUGUGCCUCCGGACAGGCGCACGUUACCAAGUGUUAUCAACGUUUCGGCUGAUCAUCAUGAGGUGGUGGCGAUAGUCGGAAGGAUGGGAAAGGAGGCAUUAGACCCGGGUUUAGAGUCAUUGGAGGAUGUAUUAUUGACUACAUACACGGAAAAUGUGGAAUCACAUAGGGAGACUGAAGAAAGAGUCGAUGUUGAUGCGUUUCUUUUCUGUUGUGAUGACACUAUAAACCAUGACAAGGGUGAUUCUGAUGAUUAG